GUAUAUCUUUCCAAUGAUGCCCACAAUCGAAGUGUUGAUUAUUUAUUUCCCAUAAUUAUAGCUAGGCAUGACAGCCUAUUCAACUUUUGAAUAUAUAUAUUAUACAAAGUGACCCUAUCUUGCUCUUUAGCAAACUGAUCUAAUGAUAACAAUAUACCGGUAUGAUAUAUAAUCACGUAGGCCUAGGCUAAUAAUAUCUACAAAUUGCAUAAAUUCUCAACGUCGCACACCGGGGGCCAUGCGCCAGGGGCCGACCGGGGGUACCGGUACCGGUACGUACCGCCCGGCCCGCUCCGCUAGGCUUACAUCACAAGGAAAUCAACAUGUCGGACAGCAGGGGACUGAGUAUUCCUCGGCGUCUGCCACUACUACUAGUGGCAGAUGCAGUUCUUUUACCCGGAGCAUCUAUGAGAAUACCUGUGAACAAUCCAACAAAUAUGAAUAUGGUAAAAAGUCACAUUCUACGUCAUAACACCCUGACUAGCACAGUGAUAGGAGUGAUACCCAAGAAUCCUGAUAAAGAGGAGGUACUGGAUAACAUGCACACCAUUGGCACAGCUGGAGUGGUGGUUCAAGUAACUGGUACAAACUGGCCAAGACCAGCUUACACUCUGCUCGUAACCGGUCUGUGCCGGUUUAAAGUGAAUCGGCUGAUCCAGGAGGAGCCAUAUCCAGUGGCCCAGGUGGAGCAGUUGGACAAGCUACCAGGAGAUGUUGCCUUUUUGGAAGCCGAUGCCGGAGCCCUGCCGGUCGCGGAUGAUUUUCGUGAGCAGGCAACCAAGCUUCUCGAACUGCUAGAUAUUACCACGCCCGUUGUGGCAAAACUCAAGAGGUUACUGGACAGCCUACCGAUUACUAGACUUCCUGAUAUAUUUGCUUCUAUUGUCCAGGCAUCGUACAACGAAAAGCUGGAGGUCCUCGAUGCCGUCGAUCUGGAGGAGCGCUUCCAGAAGACCCUCCCUCUCUUGGCCCGUCAGAUCGAGGGCCUACGGCUCCUCGGGCACGCCAAACGAGGGAGUGGCAACAACAUCAGAAUUCCUGCUGCGCUCAAGGAGAGCAAGAACAAUCGUGUCGUCAUUCUGAAGAAUGGUCCGGGAAAACCAAGGUUUAUCGAUCGUCAGGAGAGGAGCAAUGAUAGCGAAGGUGAUGGGGACGAGAUAUCUGAGCUGGAACGCAAGAUUAAGGAUGCCCAGAUGCCCAAGCACGCACAGAAGGCGUGUCAGAAGGAGCUGAAGCGACUGAAGAAGAUGCCCAGUGCCAUGCCAGAGUAUGCCAUGACCAGGAACUAUCUAGAGCUGAUGUCAGAACUUCCUUGGUCUAAGCAGUCUAAGGAUACCCUUGACAUCAAACAGGCAAGGAUCGAUCUAGAUGUCGAUCACUACGGCCUGGACAAGCUGAAGAAGAGGGUGAUCGAGUACCUGGCUGUCCGUCAGCUGAAGAACUCCCUCAAGGGUCCUAUUCUCUGCUUCGUGGGUCCACCUGGUGUAGGAAAGACCAGUCUCGGUAGAUCCAUAGCUCACACGCUGGGAAGGGCUUUCCACAGGAUAUCCCUUGGCGGUUGUUGCGAUCAAUCAGAUAUCAGAGGUCAUAGACGUACCUACAUAGGGUCCAUGCCAGGUAGGAUUAUACAUGGACUCAAGAUUGUGGGAGUCAACAAUCCUGUCUUCCUUCUCGAUGAGAUCGAUAAACUUGGAAAGAGUCUUCAAGGGGACCCAGCCUCUGCUUUAUUAGAAGUCUUGGAUCCUGAACAGAACAAUGCCUUCACUGAUCACUAUCUCAAUGUCCAAUUUGAUCUUUCUCAAGUGCUCUUCAUUGCCACUGCCAACUCUUUACAAACUAUCCCACCUGCCCUCAAGGAUCGAAUGGAAGUCAUUCAGGUUCCAGGGUACACUCAGGAAGAGAAGUUUCAUAUUGCCAAAGACCAUCUUAUUCCCAAGCAGUUGAAGGAACAUGGACUCACCUAUGAACAACUGCAGUUUGCUGAGGAUGCCACUAAAUACAUCAUCUCCAAGUAUACCAGAGAGGCAGGGGUGCGCCAGCUGGAACGCAAGUUUGGCGCCGUCUGCCGUGCGGUAGCCGUCCGGGUCGCAGAGACGCAGAUGAGCAAACGCAAGAUAUCCACUGGUUCUUCAGAGGAGGGCGCCCCCAAUGCCUCGAUGGAGGACAGGGAGACAAAGGAAGAUGUCAAGACGGAAAUGACAGAUGAGACUUCACUGGAGCUGACAACAGAGGCCGCCAUUGCUCAUCCUCCUGAGAUGCCCAUUGUCAUCGAUGUUCUUGCAGUCAAGGAUAUCCUUGGGGCUGCUAUUUAUGAAAGUGAGACUUGUGAGAGAUUAUGCCAGCCUGGAGUUGCCGUAGGUAUGGCUUGGACAGCUAUGGGAGGAGAGAUCAUGUACGUUGAAGCCACUAAGAUGGACGGCGAUGGAGAACUGACCCUUACUGGACAGCUGGGGGACGUGAUGAGGGAAUCUGCUCAGCUAGCACUCAACUGGGUUCGCAGCAAUGCCUCAAAGUUGGCUAUUGACACUAAACCCAGUGUUGAUCUGAUGGAGGGGACAGAUGUUCAUAUUCAUUUCCCUGCUGGAGCAGUAGGCAAGGAUGGGCCUUCUGCUGGAGUCACUGUUGUUACAGUACUUGUCUCCUUAUUCAGCGGACGUUGUGUGAGAUCUGACACGGCCAUGACGGGAGAGAUCACGUUGAGGGGACUUGUCUUGCCUGUUGGUGGAAUCAAAUCGAAGGUACUAGCUGCUCACAGAGCCGGUAUCAAGCAUAUCAUCUUGCCCAAAAGAUGUGAGAAGGACCUGGAAGAGAUUCCAAACAAUAUAAGGAAUGAGCUGACGUUUACACUGGCUACCAAACUGGAGGAUGUCCUGCAAAAUGCCUUUGACGGAGGAUUCCCGUCCUUAGAAAAACCUCCAGAUGACAUCAUUCCUAGCAAGUUAUGAGUCACGUAUUCCUUCUCUAGCAUUGCUGUUUCUAGUCAAUCAUGAAGUUGUUAAAAAAAAUCCCAAAUCUUGCAUCUUCCUGUGCAAGUUUACUGGAAGACUGUAACCCCAUCAGUACUUUGGAUGUUCAGGGGCUCGUUUCAUAAAGACUUUAUUCAAUUAUUUUAACUUUACCAUUAUGGCAACUACCAUGGAAAGCUUGAUUGUGAUUGGCUGCUGAGCCCUUUACCAUGGUAGUUGCCAUAAUGGCAGAGUUACAAUAAUUGAAUAAAGUCUUUUAUGAAAUGAGCCCCUGAUCAGUGAGGUAACAUCAGAGCCUAGGGAGAAAAGAAAGAAUCAUCAGCGAAUAUGAAUUUAUUUUUGAAGUCAUUGUAUUUUUCUCAUUACACUGAAUCAUCAUUAUUUCGAAUGUGUGCCAACAGAAGUUGCGAUACACUGAUAUUACAAUAUACUGAUAUAUUAUAUUCAUGUAAUGCAAGACAGUAUGAUCAUACAACCUAUUGGACUAAUUCUGUGUAUACAUACACUACUAGUUAAGAGUUUUAGAGCAGUUUGAUAUACACGCUUUGAUUUCAUGUAAUCGAUUUAAAUGGACGCUUAUUUUGGGUUUGGCUUUAUCCUUUUAGAUUUUUGUUUAUUUCAUUAUCAGAAUAACGGUAGUCAGGUAGCAUUAGCUUCUUUGAAAGUAAUCAUGGGGGAUAAUUGCUUACAUUUCCGCUGUCUUCCAUUAUCCUACCUGCCAGUUGCCCGUCAUUGAUAUAUCAUAGCAGAGUCAGAGAAGGGUAUUUUGUAAAACAAAAAUUGACAAUCGCUUUUGCUUGUUGAAGUUUGAAAAAAAAAUAACAAAACAUUAUUUUCUUCUUUGUAGCAUGGUAUCAUUUCAUAUAUAUUUUUUUUAAUGUAGUGAAAUCAUAGAUACUGUGGUGCUCAAAAGUUAAUGAACCCCUUUGGGAAAGGAACAUAUUUAAAGUGUCUUGCCAUGUUUUAGAUAUUUAAUUUUGAAGUCAGGUGAUAAAAUGUUACCUUCAGUAAGUUUGUUUCUCUCAGCUUGUCGAACUUUGUAGUCUGUUGUAGUCUCCAUUCAACACUCAGCAUCCAAAGGAGUGCAUUUUGUGGUGGGGUUCACUAACUUUUGAGCACAACUGUAAGUAUCAUAACCAAUUUUAUAAAGGAAAUAGGGUGUAUCCCAUAUAAGACAAAAUUACUUGAAUGAAAUGGAUACACAGAUACAGUAUACAUGAAGUGGCUUGUAAUCUGAAUUGAGUUUGAUAUAAACUCUGACUCAAAAUUGUGGACUAACUAUGGGAAGCCCACUAUGACAAAAAUUUGUAACAUCACAAGUCCAAUCUAUCAGCCUAUUUGACACUCAAAUCAUUGUGUCAGGAAUAACAACUGAAGUUGUUUUCUACUCCAUUAAUGCACAAUGAAAGAGCAAAAUAAACGUAAGAAUCAAACAAUGUAAACAAAUUUUUGACAUUUUCAGCUUCCUAUGAUGUUAGCACAAGGUUAGACGAAGGUCUGAUUUGAAAUAUGCUUGAGAAUACAGGCCAGUAUGACUGAAGGAGGGAAGAAGAUAACGAAGGCAGAGAAAGGGGGAAAAAAAGAAGAAAAGGGAGAAAAAGUCACCACACACAAGGACUAAAACCCCAGUCACAAUUGCUAUACGGCGGCCGUACAGCGAGAUGAAAACAGCCGUUGUAACAUUUUUGUAAUACCGGUAGCUACAUUGUAAGUGGUUUAAAUAAAAUGAAUAAGACUGCUGUUUUCGACUCGCCAUUCGGCUGCCAUAGAGCAAAUGCGACUGAGGUAUAAGAAAUGGGUUUGUGACAAAUGAAUUAGUUGGAAAUAUGCAGGUAUGUUUACAGCGUUGAAAAUCUGAUGUUGGGAGAGGAAGGCUUAUUGACUAUCUGAAAGAAAAUAAAAGAUAAAUCGUACAUGUGUUUUUGAUAGCAUUUUGGUAAUUAAACUUGAUGUUGUUCCUCUGCUAAUCUGAAUAAAAAACCAGGGGCCCGUUUCUCAACACCGUCAUAAAGUCUAACUUCUUGACUAAAUCGAAGAUAGUGGGCUACUUGUCCGCUAACCGUUUCACGAAGCCCUCUUUGCCAAGAUCGGGGACAACAACCAGACCAAAUAUUUAUGACACCUCCGAACCUGUCAUAACUUCUUUCUUAAUGACGUAGUGGCAUCACGUGGGUAGACUAUGACAUGCAAAAUUGCCUCGAAAUGUGAAAAUUGUAAUCUUACGUAAUCAUUGAUAGAAGUUGAAAUUACAUUGCAAAACAGGUGUGAUAGAUCAUUCAUGAAUAAUUGUAAUGCACAGAAACUAUAAAAACUGUUGGUUAAACGCAACAAAACCACUCAUUUUGAAAUAGUAAAAUAAUUGAAUCGAUAAAGAUUCUACCACAUCAGGUCAUCCAUAACUGGACUCGUAUUUGUUGUUUUCAAACACUUAUCAACAUUUUUGAUAAAUUCUAUCUCUAAUUUAUGCAAAGAAUUUGUCAAAUCGUGUGUUUCGGUAUGUAAAAAUUUAAACAUUUAUGUUAAACUAUAUUUUGAUGAUGUUUGGAACCAUAAAUAAACGUAUAAUUAUCAUUAUUUUACAAAGAAAACAAUUGUGGUUUACUUUCGUAAACUAUCAAAAUUUACUAUCCCGGGGAUACCCAUCUCAAUGUCCACAUGUGAUUUUUUAGUCAUGAAAUGAAUUAUUCAUAAUUUGAUUUUCUCAGCAAUUGAAUGCUCCAGUCUUCAUGGUUUAAGUAUGCAUGGUUUAUAUUUUGCCUCUGCUAUUAUUUUUAUUAGAUGUAUUUCCAAAUUAAUCACAAUAAUUGCAGUUUUCUCACAUUUUUGCUUUUAGAAAAUUAUGCUAUUUUGUGACUAAGGUUACCUCUCGUCUGCUCUUUCUACCGAUAGUAUCGAUAUCAAGGGAUUCUAGUUAGGAAGCCCUUUGUGAAACGGGUUUAGUAAGAUUGGAACUAACUCCGUGGUUGGUGGAUAAAGAUAUGACUAACUUGUCCAGGUGUUGAGAAACGGGCCCCAGAUAUACAGAUAUCAUAUAGAAAUCAAAUUAUAUAUUUUUCCAAAGUUUAUACUAUUUUGUACAGUAAUGAAUUAUUUUCAUCUCAAGGUAAGAGAAAUUUAGAAUAUUCAUUUUCAUUACUCAAUUUGUCAAUUUGUUAUAAAUGUAUGCCAUGUCAUUUUAAUGCUCUGUGAAGAUUUUGUGAAAUGUUUGUAUAAUGAAUGAAUUUGUAAAGUCUGUUUUAAAUUAUAUUUUUGUUUGAUGAGGGACUUGUAUAUAUUCUAAUGGGAUGCGUGCAUGAUACUAAACGUGAAGGGAAGUAUAUGACUCAAUUGUAUGAUGAUUUAUGCAAUAUUUGUGAAUAUCUAGAGCAUAUUUGUAUUCUAUGAGUAUGCAUACGGUACAUGAGAUACCCUUUUUUAUGUUUUCUGUAGAGUAAGCACAUCGAUUUCAUAAAGCAUUUUCUCACUCUCAUCCUACAGUCUUCAAAGCCCAUAUUACCACUCAGCUCAAUUUUUAUUAGUCAGUUAUAUGAUUUGAUUUUAUUUUUUAAAGCAAGAUAUAGCUUGUUCUUCACUUUUGAAUACCCAGUAAGCUUUUGGAUUUAUGCUUCAACAUUUUGCUCAAUAUACAAUAUGCAAAUUAUUGUAAUUAUCACUUCCUUGGUACAUGUGUACAUUUUAGGUCACCAUAAUGCAUAUAAUUUGUAUACAUUAUACAACCUGAUGAGAAACAGACAAGGCAACAUAUUAUCCACUGAAUUUUGUCAUUAAUGUCCAUGUAGGUCUGUAUGUCUUUUACUAUUUUGUUUACCAUUUUCUAUUUUGUACAUCGCCAUUUUCGGGUUUGAUUGUUAAAAAGAAAUUGAAUAAUUAAGAAAUUUAAUUAAAUUGAAAUACAACUGAAGGCCUACUAUAUUCAUAAAAAGUAAAAAUAUUAUUUCAAAUGAAACUUAGGAAUCAAAGUUGAGACAAGACACUGCUAGAACAUGAACCUUGAUUAUCAGGUUGAAAAUUGUGAAAAACAACAAAUAUAGGGCAUUUUUCUGAUUUUCUUACUGUUUUCAUUUUAUUUAUUGUUUUAUGCUAAGUUCUGCCUGUAAUUUAAAGAUGUGAUUUGGAUGUAAAGCAAAUUGAACCUAUAUUACAAAAAAAAAUUUCAUCAACUUCCAGUUCGUAGCAUAUGGAUAUUAUACUAAAUCACCCGUCUUCAAAAGUGUUUUUUAAAAUGUAAUCUAGAAAGAAUACUAAUUGCUUCUUAAUGUUCAAACAAGAUUGUUCAUUGAUGUCUAUUUUCUACAGAUUGGACAUAGUAUAUGUACUGCCAUGAGAAGUAAAAUUAUGAUAUUUUGACAAGUA